GGGUAGGCAUGACGUCACGACUCAAACACGGAAGAGGAUGCUGCUUCUACAUUUGAAGUACAAAAAACUCUGUAAAUGCACAAAAAAUGGCUAUAAACGCCCGGUAUCUAAAUGCAGCACAUUAGAACAGCAGUGAGCUUCAUUUGGGGACAUGGAGAAGAUUCGCGAUCGCUUUAAACAAAGCAAAUCUUCGUCACGUGAGACUGUCAAACUGAGGAAAAGAAGCUCGAUUCUGUACAGCACUGAUGACGGCAGAGCAAACACACACAAUGCCAUUGGUGUCAGUGUCAUUGUUUUCACAAUUUUCUUUCGUCUGGUGAACUGUGUUCUGGUCCAGACCAGCUUCGUCCCGGAUGAAUACUGGCAGUCACUGGAGAUUUCCCAUCGGAUGGUCUUCAACUAUGGCUACGAGACGUGGGAGUGGAGGGAAGGGAUCCGUGGAUACUCGUAUCCUCUUCUGUUUGCUCUGAUGUACAAAUUCCUGCAGCUGAUCAGUUAUGACACAGUUCAGCUCUUGGUGUUUGUGCCUCGUGUUUUCCAAGCGCUGCUGUGUGCGUAUGCUGAUCUGAAGCUGUACCGUCUGGUCCUGCAGUGGGAAACUCCGGAUGUGGCCAAAUGGACACUCUUCUGUCAGCUGUGUUCAUGGUUCACCUGGUACUGCUGCACUCGGACUCUGAGCAACACCAUGGAAACGGUUCUGACCACGCUGGCGCUUUGCUUCUACCCCUUACUGGGCUCCAAAAUGCACAACAGCUGGAAGUAUUUGUGUCUGGUGUCUCUGGCUGUCGUCGUGCGGCCCACAGCGCUCAUCGUCUGGGUUCCUCUGCUGGUCUGUCAUCUGUGCCGCGAACAGAACAAACCGAGACUCGUCACACAGCAGUGCUUUCCCAUCGCGGCUCUUACGCUGGCUGUCUCUACUCUGAUCGACUCUGUGUUUUAUGGAAAGUGGAUUUGUGUCCAGUGGAAUUUUCUGAAGUUGAAUGUACUUGAGAGCGUGGGAGAGUUUUACGGGACUCAUCCGUGGCACUGGUACUUCAGUCAGGGCUUUCUGGUGGUGAUGGGUCCACAUCUCCCUCUCUUUCUGCACGGAUGCUCGCUGAGCACCAAAAAACACCGAAUCCUCCUGAUAACCAUCAUAUGGACCACAGUGAUAUACAGUUUCCUUGCACACAAAGAGUUCCGCUUCGUUUAUCCCGUGUUGCCUUUCUGUGUCGUCUUUUGCGGCAUGUCUUUAGCGAAGCUCCAGACGUGGAGGAAACCUGCUGCUGUCCUCCUGCUGGUGUCCAAUCUGAUUCCUGCGUUAUAUACGGGUUUGAUUCACCAGCGUGGAACUCUAGACGUCAUGAGUGACCUGCAGCGUCUGUGUGACCUCAGCAGGGGUCAGAGGUCACCUGACGUCCUGUUCCUCAUGCCCUGUCACUCCACGCCACUGUACAGUCAUCUACACUGUCCUCUCAAACUGCGUUUUCUGGAGUGUCCACCGGACCUGAUGGGAAAUAAAGAGUAUGUGGAUGAAGCGGAGAUGUUCUUCAGUGAUCCUCUGAGCUGGAUGAGAAGAUCUUUCUCCUCUCAGGAGAUGUUGCCCACUCAUGUGGUGAUGUUUGACUGUCUGGAGAAGGAGAUCGCUUCAUUCCUGCUGGAAAACAGAUUUGCCAAACAAGCCGAGAUAUUUCACACUCACUUUCCUGAAGGUCGAGUCGGAGAGAACAUCGUAAUAUACGUUAGAAACCCUUCUCAUUAUUUUACUGUUUGAAACCAUCACACAUACUGUAAAUAAAGCAUUUU